UUCAUAGACCCGCCCACGAUUCGAAAUGUCACCACAUCAUCUAAGAAGUCUUGGAUUGGCCAGACAGUGACUUUGAAGUGUCUUUCUGAUGGUGUUCCUACACCAACACUCUCUUGGUACUAUCCUGAAGGAAGUGAAAUAAACAGAGUCAGAGCCAGAGAAAAUAAAGUACAAGUGCCACUCAGGGGUGAUCAAGAUUUUGGUCAUUACAAGUGCAUUGCUGCCAAUGGACUUACUCCAUCUGAUAAGAAAUUAAUAAAGAUAAAUCAGAUAAGUAAGUCAAUGAGAUCAGUGUAUUUUUAUUACAAAGAAAACUAUAUAUAAGGUCAGCAUUUCCUUUUGUCUUUGCUCAUUAUCACUGUUUCAGGUGUAUUAGAGGUAAAAGCCAAAUUUUCUUACAAAGUAUUGGACAGAGUAACUUAUUCACUUUGUACAUCUCAUUCGAUGAUUUAACAUUUAAUACGUGCGGAUAUUUUGCAAGGCCCAUAGGUGUGUGGAAAAAAUGUAUGCUUAUGUUAAACCAUCGAGUAAGGGAUUUAUUAUUCUUUCAUUUACGAACAAUUUGUCCGCUUAGUUUUCGACAUACAUCCUACGGCCUUAUCUGGGCGUUCCAUUCACAUUUUUUCCCUCUUUAGCAGCAUUAGACCUUCACAUAUUUUUCGCCUUCGUUGCCCCAAUGAGGUAUAACAGAAUAUUACUGGAAUUAUACCGAAUAUAGUUAGCCUGAUCUUUUAGUUGGAAAUGCACCCAUAUUUGUAAAAAAGAUUUAAAGUAAAUUGUCGACACCUUGCCCUUUCUUUGCAUUAAACACGUUACAAAAGAGCUUUGAACUUCAGGAAGAUGGAUGACAUCUUUACAUGCGAGUAUCCAUAGGAAACUUCCUCAACCAUGGACUAUCAAUUGUGCCCCUUUUUAUUAGGCUCUUGGCUGAAUUUAUCCGGUAGCUACAUUUAUAUUCAUUAAUUACAGGUUAACGCACUCGGCGAGUGAACUACGGGGAUUUACCUGCACUAGUUCACUGACAAUGAACGAGAAAUUUCAAUAAGCCUCGUGCAGUAGUGAAUAUUCCGAGUUCAUUGUUUGUGAACGAGUACAGGUAAAUCCUGAUAAUUCACGAGCCAUAAGUGCGUUAACAUUUUUAUUAUUCAAACUGAAUACACUGUACAAAGAAACACUACAGUGAAACCACUAUAUACAAGGUAAACCAAGCCAUGGUGUAAUGACAACGGUGUGUUGAAUUUGCACUACGGCCAUUACAGCACGAUGACGAUGUCAAGGAGGUAGUUUCGUCACAAUCCAGUAUCACGUGGUACAAAUCAUCUAAUCAGAAAAUCGGAAUUCGAACAGUGUAUGAAAGUUGAAUAAUUAGCUGUGAGAAGACGCGGACUUGCAUUCAUCCUUAGUGUUGUGACAAAACUCAAAGUAAUCUCUUCUCCUAUGGCACUAUGUAGAGAAACCGGGGAAAGCAUCCAUUAAAUCAGAAUCAGUCAUUCAAGCAACUUCUAUAAUAAUACAAUGGACUGCACCAGCUGAUAAUGGAGGAAGUCCGAUUACAGGAUUCCAAAUGAUCUUACAAAAGGAUGGAACUGAGAUAAAAAAGGUGAAUAUCACCGAUCCUGGGACGACAAGUUAUUCGUUUCGUGGUUUGGAGAAAGAUACCAACUACACAGUGAAACUGUUUUCCAGAAAUGUUGUAUUCGAGGGAGAUCCUACUGUAUGGAACAUUAAGACCAAGUUUGAAGGUGAGGAAUCAAAAGUGAUAUCGUCAAUGAGCACUUUACACAAUCAUUUUCUCGCCAACUUAGAUUCGUUGUGAGUAACCCAGUUUUAACAAUGUUAUCUGCUUGCCGCAUUAUAAGAUUUUCGAUUUUCAGCGUUUGUCCCCUCCUUAGUGGCCAGUUAUAUUUAUUUUCUGAUGUUCAUGUUUCAAAAUCUGUAAUAUGAAUCAGCAACAACAACAGCCGCUAGAUAGUGACCUUUAGGUUAGUUGGAUACAUUUUUCCUAAACUCGUACCAGCCAUAUUCAGAAGGCCCAAUAACCAACCAUCCCUUUAGGCAGUGAGACGAUUUCCACACAUCGUUUGACUAAAGAAUUGAAGUUUGAAGAAAUAGGCCUUUCAUGAAAAUCGCUUUUAAUAUGCAAAUAUUAUGGGGAAAUCUCGUCAAACAGUGUGUGGACGGCCUCGAAGAAUCCUUCGUAUAUUUUCUUUAAAAUGAAAAAUAGCUUAUUUCCAUUUCGCAGGGAUAAGCCCAAACCAAAACAAUUAGGUUGCCGUUUUCAAGAGAGUUUCUUUCGAAUCUCAUCCGGCACAUAUCUCACUCAACAAAAAAACUACUGUGGUAACAGAUGUGAACUUAGUAACUGAAAUUGAACAUGUGAAACAUGGCAAUGAAGUUCGUUGCACCUGUUAUCGGUUUAGCGCUCCUUGUCAUAGCCUCCUCGGUUGGCAAACCCCCUGAAGAAAAAAGCCUGUUGUCUCGGCGGAAAAACCCGCGCCAGGUUAUGUUUGCAAAAGAAGAAUCGUAGGCCUGGACGCUCAAAUGGCUCGAGAAGCACUCAUUUUCCCGUUGCGUCAUUACAGAGUGCCUGUACUAAGUCAUGCACGACGUCAAACUUUUCAAAAGCAGAAAGUAGUUGCACACGAACUGAGAUCCUUUCUGUAACUACGUGACACAAACGAAUGGUGAAUUGCGACGUCUUAUAUGCAUCGGUCCUUCAUUUGAUCACUUGUAAAUAGCAAUUAAAUGCCAGUAGAAGUCAGUGUAUCGUUCAAGUUCACCUUGUAAAUGCAGUAUUUGUUUUAGGCAAUAACCGACCAUCAUUUUAGGCUUCUCAUUAUCAUUUUUUGUCCUUUCAAAUUAUUUUGAAUUCAUCUCAAUACUUAACUUAAUUUUCCCUGCCAAACACUUUCGUCUCAAAAAUAUCCCAAAAAAUCCUCGACCAAUUUACAGAUUAUUUAAUCACUGGUAAUGGUUGUGACCAGGUUUGUAACAAGAAGUUGUAUAAUUAUUAGAAAUUUCACGCUGUUCGUGUUGUUGACAUCAAUCUAGGAGCCCCGGAUGUGGUCGAAAUAGACGAACUGCCAGGUGAAACAACAGACGAUACAAUUACCUUAAAGUGGAAGGAGCCAGAAAGUAAUGGAAAAGUUAUUAUCAUGUAUACAAUGUACCAAAGAGUAGUGACUGAUGGAAAAGUGGGACAGUGGACAGUAAUAAGGAAAAUCAAAAACGUUUCUGUGAGAGAAUCGAAAAUAGCGUUGGAGAGAGGAAAGGUGUAUCAGUUUGCCAUUACUGCAACUAAUGAGCUUGGUGAAAGCCUAAAACAAGAGGAUGAAAAUAUCCAGCGAGUCAAGGCAGAAGGAAGUAUGUUCAAAUGA